UAAAAAUGGCCCAUGAGCAGCUCAAUGACAAUGCUAAUCCAACUCUGUUUUACCAUAAAGGAAUAUGUUUUAACACUGCAUUAACAACACCUGAAUGGAUAGAUUCUCUGGAGCAUCUUGAAAUCAGAGACAGCGAUAUUUUUUUGGUGACUUAUCCAAAAUCAGGAACCAUUUGGACACAGCAAAUUCUAAGUCUCAUUCUCAAUGAAGGACACCGCAAGGGAACAGAAGCUAUUGAUAAUAUGGCCAGAGCUCCAUGGAUUGAAUCUAAUCUCUAUAAUAUUGAUUUUAAAACCCGACCGGAUCCCCGACUUUUUUCAUCUCACCUUCCUUAUUAUUUAAUGCCAAAAGGUACAAGGAAGCGACGAGGCAAAAUUAUCUAUGUAUACAGGAAUCCAAAGGACAUUUUGGUGUCUUACUACCAUUUCUAUAGAAUGAUGGUGAAUGUACAAAAUCCAGAUAGCUGGGAACAUUUCAUUGAUCUCUUUAUUUCUGGCAAAGUGAUGAUUGGUUCUUGGUUUGAUCAUGUUAGAGGCUGGUACACCAAUAAGGAGGAUUUUGAUAUACUUUUUAUGACAUUUGAAGAAAUGAAAAAGGAUCUGCGAUCAGCGAUAAUGAAAAUUUGCAGUUUUGUGAACAAGAAACUUGAUGAUGAAGCAUUGGCUACUAUUGUGGAAAAAUCAACAUUUAGAAAUAUGAGGCAUGAUCCAUUGGCAAACUAUACAUUUAUAGCAGAAGACCUUCUUGACCAAAGUAAAGGACAUUUUCUUCGUAAAGGAGUCGUUGGGGACUGGAAAAAUGUCAUGACAGUGGCACAGAGUGAAAUGUUUGAUCAGGUGUUUGAAGAUAAAAUGAAAGAUCUGCCAAUCAAGUUUACUUGGGAUACUGAAGAAUCAAAUUGAAUUAUUAAGCAGUCUGUCCAUCUAACUGGUGAACAUUUGUUAUUAAUAACAUUUCAGAUAAAUAAAACUAAACUUAAUUCAGUACUCGCCAAACUUUAAAAU